AAUUAAUUAUAUAAAUACCAAAAAAAAAAAAAAAACUUGCGAGUUGCAGAUUGAAUAGUCAACACCCGGCAAGGAAAAAGCUUCCCUUUUCCCUCCUCUGAAUCUCCAUUCCUGAGAGAAAAGCACCCACGAUUAAGCUGUCGGAACAACUCUAACUCUAAGCAAACGACUUGAGAUCGGAGCAGAGAGUAAAUCAGUUGGUGGGUUUUAUUAUAGCUCUAAUCUGGCGGAGUUUGAUGGCAGAGAAACGAGACUCUUCCGCAUCAACGACGGCUUUGCCUCGGCCUACAACCAUCACCCUUCCUCCUAGGCCGUCGAUGGAUACUUUCUUCUCCGGCGGGCUCAGCCCGGGGCCCAUGACUUUGGUCUCAAGUUUCUUCAACGACAGUUACCAGGGCGGUGGAGAAGAUUGCCGGUCCUUCUCCCAGCUUCUCGCUGGAGCUAUGGCUUCUCCGCUUGCUAGGCCUCCCUUUUACCCUGACUUUUCUAUCCAAAACCCUCCUUCCGCAGCCGCCGGCGGCGGCUUGUCUUCUACACAAGAUGCUGCUGCUGCUGCGGCUGGAAGUGGUGGGUUUGGGUUCAAGCAGAGCAGGCCUAUGAAUUUAGUGGUUCCUCGAUCUCCUCUAUUUACGGUUCCUCCUGGGUUGAGCCCUUCUGGGUUGCUUAAUUCGCCUGGGUUCUUCCCUCAGAGUCCCUUUGGGAUGUCACACCAACAAGCUUUGGCACAGGUGACAGCACAAGCUGCACUGGCUGCUCAAUCUCAGCAUAUGCACAUGCAAGCCCAAUAUCAACCUUAUUCAGGGACCGCUCCAUUGGAAGUAGCGCCAAUCCAACCAUCUUAUACUGCUGCUGAGGAUUCACAGUGGCAGAUGCCACCCACAACUUCUAACCCUCAAACUACUGUGGUGGAGCCACCUUCUGAGGUUUCUCAUUCGGAUAGGAAAUAUCAGCCACCUCCUCCUGCUGCUGCUGCUGCUGAUAAACCUGGUGAUGAUGGGUAUAACUGGAGAAAAUAUGGGCACAAGCCAAUUAAGGGCAGUGAAUUUCCAAGGAGCUACUACAAAUGCACACAUCCGAGCUGCCCUGUCAAGAAGAAAGUAGAGCGUUCCAGAGAAGGCCAGAUAACUGAAAUCAUCUAUAAAGGCCAACAUAACCAUGAGCUUCCUCAAACGAAUAAGCGUGCCAGGGGCGACAACAGUGUUCAAAAUGUGACUGUCAGUUCACAGGCUAAAAGUGAACCUGUUACACAAGCUCAGCUUGGUGAUACUAAUAAACUUGAUCAAAGAGCACCGCCUUAUUCUGGGGAUGGUAGGGAUAAUGAAUCCAGUAAAAUGAACUUUGCAGAGCAACCUGAACCUAGUGGCCGUGGGGAAGCUGCUGGCAAUCCAAUAGCAACUGAACAAGAUGGGGCUGAUGAUGCACCUAAUCCAAAGAGAAGGUAACUGGUUAGGCUAAGAGGUCCUUUGGAAGUUGGAAUCUUGAAAUGGGGGAUGAAUGACGAAAUAUUUGGAUUUUAAACGGAUGCAAUUUAAUCCAUGAUAUAUUUUGAAUAUGUUGUUUGGAUGGACUACUUGAGAGAAGCAGUUGUAAAACAUGGGUAAAAAAUUAGUAAAUUGAUGGAAUUGGCAAAUCUUACCUUCCAUUGAGAGAUUCCGGAGGAGAGAUUGUCCAAUUCCAUCAAGUUGUAAUAGGACAUGCAAUUGAAUUUCCGAUUUCCUUCAGCUGAUGGAAUUCAAAGCCAAAUUGAUCAAUGAAUUCCCUCAUCCAAUUGCUGCUUAAAGAUUUCUGCAUAGCUUACUCCUAUCAUAUGGCUACUUUUUCAUGCAUUUUUAAGAAGUUUCUCAUGGUGAAACUACUCAGGCAAAUGGACGUGGGAACAUCCGAGGUAGCUUUAUCUCACAAAACAGUGACAGAGGCAAAAAUCAUUGUUCAGACUAGAAGUGAAGUUGAUCUUUUAGAUGAUGGCUUCAGGUGGCGCAAGUAUGGCCAGAAAGUUGUGAAAGGGAACCCUCAUCCUAGGAGCUACUACAAAUGCACGAGCGCAGGAUGCAAUGUCCGUAAGCACGUGGAGAGAGCUGCAGCCGACCCCAAGGCCGUUAUAACUACGUACGAGGGGAAGCACAAUCACGACGUCCCUGCAGGGAGAAACAGUGGCGCUAAUACAGCUGCACAAUCGAGGCUUCAAAGCACGGCGGUUUCUCAACCCCAGCAGCAGGCUGCACCCGUUGAAGGUGUGAAUUUUGUGAACAACAAUAACGAGGAUCAAAGACCAGUGCUUCUUAGGCUCAAAGAAGAGGAAGUUGCCGUUUAAGGCGAAACGAGACUUGUGCCCAAUACACAGUGCAGAAAGAACACGCAUGUGAAGAACUUCAUGGAUUAUUUCAAAACUUAGUCAAACAUUUUGUACUCUUUGCUAUGCUUAUACUCUUUUUUGGUUUCCACUUCCCUCUAUGUAAAAGGUGUGCUUAUUAUAUUGCUUUUCAUUUUAUGUAUUGUUCCCUGCAAAUAUGUACGCUGUAUGAUCAAUGUAUAGAACAUGACAAUACGCUUGGCAAAACCGAAAAGGAAAGACAACUGGUUCAUUGAAUUUGCAGCUACUUUUUUUUUUUUUUUUUUUUUUUUUUUUUUUUUUUUAUAAU